CGCUAGCUUUAACUGUCAACGUCUCGAGUUGUCAUAGCAAAUGCAGGUCGUGACGGCGUCCAGAGAAAAACUUCAUUUACAGGAGUUUCCGGGAGGAAAAAAGUCGUGGUUUAAGUCGUCUUUAUUGCAUCUGCUGCUGGUUUAACAGAAGCUUGGUGAGUUUGUGGACUGAAGAGUGGAUUACACCGAGAGUCCAGGAGACAGAAUCUGUCAGUUAGUCGAGAGUAGCGGGUUUAUCUGCGACACGCCUCACAAUAACGCACACAUAACGGGUCAUGUCUCGUAGAAGUUCUCGCUUAAAGUCAGGCGGUUACUACAAUUCAGAUGAAGAAUCGGACUCAAGCAGCGUGACCAACAUAUCCUACCGCGAAAACCCGGUGAAAGUUUUCAAGAAGAAAGCAGGAACGCGAAAGGCUGCCACCCCCACUUCCAGUAGAGCCAGCAGUAAUGCCAGCUCUGCCACCCCUGAGAGACCUGUUACUCCAGGUCUAGACCUGUUUCCCUCAAGCGUGCAGCCCCAGCCUGUCAUGAGGACUGUACCUUAUGCUCCCAGCGCAGCCACUCCUCGUCCUGCUCUGACGGGGUCCUCACCCCCGAGCCAAACGCCCACCAAACGCUCCUCAGUAACCCCAGAGAAGAACACCAAAGCUGGGCUCAGCAUCUCUGAGAAAACGGGUGUAUACCACAGACCACACCUGAAGGGGCCCAGUCAAAGUGGGGCUGACAGCUCAGGGUAUUCCUCAUCUGAAGGCACCUACCUGAGGCCCUUACCUGCCACCAAUAGCAGCAGCAGCUCCACUGACAGCAGUAAAGUUCAGACUCCUAAUGCAGGAUACAUAGACCAGGUCCGCAGUGCCUUCUGGACUCUCAUCGACUCAGCCUUAGUGAUGACUGCUGAAGUCCAAUCCAAAAUCCCCAAUGUCAGAGCUUUAGGUACAGUUUGUGUGCCUACGCACCCAUCUAAUGCCUCCAUGAGCAGACGGACAAAGCAGGCCUGUGCUUUGGCCCUCCUCCUUCUCAUCUUACUUCUUUGCAUUUGGUUGCUCCUUCCAUUGUUUACGUCUCUCCUCCCCCACCUGACAGUCACACAGAUGCCGACACUCACACCAACAAAAAAACCAGAGAACCAGCCCUCCAUCUUUGCCGCUCCUCCUCCUCAACCCAGCGUCACACCUACACCUGUGAUGGAUCCAGCUGUUGUUUCUGCUGCUGUUGAGGCAAAGAUGAAGCAUUCUCUGGUGGAGCUUCAGAUAAAACAAGAGCAGCUUCUGUCUCAGCUGAAGGAGAAACAUCAGCUGGACAUGCAGGUUAUAAAAGCGAAGCUGGAGGCGGCCGACUCCAGCCUCCGUCUUCAUGUGGAGCAGGAAGUUGCCAGGCUGCUCAAGCAGAUUGAAGGUUCCCAGGCAGAAAGUCACUCUGCUGCUGCCAGCCUCAGCCUCAAAAUCCAAACCCUGGAGGCUCUGAAUGCCAAGCUGUCCCAGGAGUUGUUGUUCAUCCAGUCCACUCCAACCCCAUGUCCCAACAGCAGCCCAGCGCCCAACCAAAACUUCCUGACCCCAGAGCUCCAGCAGGCCAUGGAGAAGUGGCUCACUGAUCGCAUCAAGGAGCAGGAUGUGAUCAGGUUUGGAGACAGAGGGGGUUGUGCUGAGUGCAGACAGCCUUUGGCGGACAAAAUGGCUGACUUUGCCCUGGAGACUCAAGGGGCCAGUGUGAUCAGCACCAGGUGCUCAGAGACGUAUCGGAUUCGUUCAGCUUGCUUGACCCUGUUUGGUUUCCCUCUCUGGUAUCCAUCUGAAAGUCCACGCACUGUCAUACAGGGUUUCCCGGUGCUCCUUCCAGGAAAAUGCUGGGCAUUCCACGGCGUCCAAGGCACUCUGGUUAUCUCCCUCUCCCACCCCAUAAGGAUAAGUCAUGUGACACUGGACCACCUCCCUCGCUACAAUGCCCCCACCGGCCGCAUCGACUCUGCUCCCAAAGACUUUCAAGUCUACGGCAUGAAAAAUGACACAGAAGAAGGAAUGCUGCUCGGGGCUUUUACCUACGAUGAGAACGGAGAGUCAUCACAGACAUUCGAGCUGCCGAACCCGAGCGAUGUGGUUUAUCGGAUCGUAGAGCUGCGAGUUCUCUCUAACUGGGGUCACAUGGAGUACACAUGUCUGUACCGUUUCCGUGUGCACGGGAAGAUCGCUACCUCUUGAGCAGCUGCAGGGAGAACGUCUACAGGGCGGUGGUGCCAAUGGAAUGUGCUGUGCUCAGGACCAAAAGCCAGAUAUUUUAUGCUGACUCAUGUCACAUUUGUGAGAUGGCUGUGUGUCUGUCAGCAGGUUUUUGUUUUAAUGAUAUAUGCAGCUUUUAUUAGUUGACAGAGAGAAUGACAGUUGCUAGUGCAGUGCACACUGGCUUCAAAUAAAAGACAAAAAACAGAAUGAAAAAGUAAGAAGUUCUGGUAACUUUCUGCUUUGCUGAAAAUGAAUAUGGCACUGCACAUUUCUUAGUGUGUAUUUAUGAAGAAAAUUUAAAAAACGGAUUUUCUGAUUUGACUUUUUUUAUCGCGGUACUCAGAAGGACUAAAAGACAUAUUUCCUUGUUUCUGCAAAAAUCCUAAAUUUGAAAUGAAAGGUAGUGGUUACAGAAUCUCUCAGGGCUUUCCUCUCACGCCACGAGGAAUGAAGUGACAAACAUAAAGAAAAAAAUGUGUUUAUUCUUUUUUAUUGUGUUUUUCCUGUCCAUCAUGGGACUAUAAAGAAUUUCAGUACUUCACCGUGCAAGUUCGCCUGAUGCAAUAUACCAACCCACUGAGUGACA